AUGGAUGCAUUCAAGUUGUUGACCAGGUCAACAAAGUUGAAACCUUCCACUUCGACUACAAGUAGCCCAUUGCCUUCCGCCGGUAAAGCGGCGAAUCCGCAACUCUUUGGUACUGCAGAUGUUCAGUCCAACAGGAAAAGAAAAAGGCAGAAUGAAGUUGCUACUAAGCAGGCAGCCGAGGAAAGGAAUGAUGAAUUUGAAGCUACGCAACGACUCUUGUUCGGUGGGUCCCAUUCGACCUCAGGAACUGCCACCGCGCCGGCAGGAAAAGAAUCUAAAAAGAGCAAAAAUUCCAAGAAAGAUGCACCUGCAAAAACAGACGACACCCAAGAGGGUUCGGAUUCGGAACAUGAAGUUCAAGGCGUCACUAUGGAUGAGUCUGAGCGACGGUCGAUUUUGAAAACUCAUAAGAUCAAAGUUGUCGACUUGAGAGAUCUAGAAGAAAUUCUUGCGGAGAAGACUGACGACCACGAUGAAGACGCCAAAACCAAAAAGCAAAAGAAACGGAAAAUAAGUAAGGAAAUAGCUUCCCUCAGCAAAAAGAAACAAAAAGAGGCACGACAAGUGUAUCCGGAACCUUUGACUACGUUUCAAGAUUUGAGAAAGAAAUAUCAAAUAUCUAGAAAAUUGGCAGAGAAUAUCGCUGAACAGGGAUUUACGGUGCCAACUGAAGUGCAAAUGGGCAGCUUACCUCUUCUUCUCGGGAAUACGUCAUUUUCCAAGACACCUAUGAGGGAUGGUCAUGAACCGGAUUUGUUGGCUGUGGCUCCGACUGGUAGCGGAAAGACACUUGCGUUCCUCAUCCCUUUGAUCAAUAAAACUGUGAAAUAUCAUCGGGAGAACUUUGGACAGCGCGAGAUCACAUCGAUCGUUGUUGCACCUACAAAAGAGCUGGUAGGUCAGAUUGUCAACGAGGGGCGCAAACUGGCGAUUGGAACAGGAGUGAAAAUUACAGCAAUGAGGAAAGGGAUGCAGGUUGUUGCUCACGCCGAGAAGGAUGAAGAAGAGGAGGAUUCAUCUGAUUCAGGCUCGGAAUUCGAGUCUGACCAGGAGGAAGAUGGUGACAAGUCGGCUAAGCCAAACGGCAGCAAAAAGUCGGGCAACCUGACGAAGAGUGACAUCCUCGUCACCACGCCACUUGCCUUGGUUAAUGCUUUGACUGUGAAAGACACAGAAGAGACGGAAUCGCUUCCCUCGGUGCGGCAUCUUGUAUUGGACGAGGCGGAUGUGUUACUCGAUCCAUUAUUCCGCGAACAAACACUUGCGAUCUGGACUUCAUGCAACAACCCUGAUCUUGGAAUAUCUUUCUACUCCGCCACUAUGGGAUCUAGUAUUGAAGAGCUCACGAAGUCUAUACUUGAAUCACGCCAUGAGUCGCUCAACGCGAAGAAGAGACCUCUAUUGCGCCUGGUCAUUGGCCUAAAAGACACAGCCGUGCCAAAUAUUCAACACAAACUCAUUUAUGCUGCUACUGAGCAAGGGAAAUUGCUUGGAUUGCGCCAAUUACUUCACCCUACUGCUGCUAUCGCUCCUAAUGAAGUUCGACUUCGUCCACCAUUCCUCGUUUUCACGCAGACUAUUACUCGAGCCGUCGCAUUACAUUCAGAGUUACUCUACGAUAUCCCGAUUGAAGCAGGUGGUUCAUCUCGAAUUGCUGUUCUACACUCCGAUCUAUCUGAGACACGCAGAUCCGAAAUUAUGAAAGAUUUCCGCAAAGGCGAAAUUUGGAUUAUCAUAACGACCGACUUAUUGGCACGUGGUGUUGAUUUCCGCGGUAUCAAUGGUGUUGUCAAUUACGACAUUCCAACAUCAAGUGCUGGGUACGUUCACCGAGUAGGACGGACAGGUCGGGCUGGGCGUGAAGGAGGUGUGGCAGUGACAUAUUACACGAAGGAAGACAUCCCAUACGUUAAGAGUAUCGCCAACCUCAUCCACGCCAGUGAGAAACUGCAGGGCAAGGAACAAACAGUGCAAAAGUGGCUCCUUGAUUCACUUCCGGACCUCAGCAAGAAAGAUAGACAAGAUCUGAAAAGACAUGGUGUCAAGGCUCGUGCGGCCUCUGCUAAGUUCAAGCAUGACAUUAAGCAGACUGGGCAAGCACGUAUCAGCACGAAGAGUGGAUACGAUCGUCGAAUGGAGAAUAAGAGGAAGGGUGCUAUUUCUGCAAGUCGCAACAGGAUUCAACAGUCUUCUUCAGCUAAGGCUACUGUGGAUAGUGGAGAUGAGUGGAACGGGUUGGAUGAUUAG